CUUACUAAGCCUUGGUCUCUGAGUUCAAACCAUCCACCCAUGGCACCAACCUCACUCGCAACCGCAAUGCCCCUCCUCUUGCUUCUAGCCAUACCAAUAUGCCUAGAAGCAAAACCCCACAAACUCAAACAAACCAAUAUGGUUUUCUACAUGCAAGACUGGGAAUCUGGGGCCAACACCACUGCCAUCAUGGUGGCUGGCAACACCAAAAGGCGAUGGUACAUUCUUGAAUUCGGCACCAUCUUUGCCACUGACGAUGCAUUAACGGAAUCCAUUGAUCGCAAUUCAACACAAGUGGGGCGCGCCCAUGGCAUCUAUGUGAACUCAGCGCUGGGCGGCUCUGACUUGCACCUCUUGAUGUCUCUGGUGUUCACCAACAAGGAGUACAAUGGCAGCACCCUUCAGAUCCAGGGUGCUGAUAGGUUUCUCCACAAGUACAGAGAGGUUUCUGUGGUGUCUGGAACUGGGAAGUUCCGGUUUGCCAGGGGCUAUGCCACCUUGGAGACUGUUUACUUGGAUAUUCCGGGUUCCAACGCCAUCAUUCGAUGGAAUGUUACCUUUCUUCAUUAUUAAUUGAAUCGUUUUGAGUCGGUAUGUUUGAUGCCUGUGUCAUUGUUGGUUCUACUUUUGUGCCACUUUCUUUUUUAGAGAGAAAUGCUGUGUAUUUGGUGAGGCUUGAUUGUUGGAAUAUCGAGUCUAUCUGAAACCGAUCCAAGCUUGUAGCACUUUAGGCCAGGUCCAAUAUGAUUGAUGUCAUCGUUUCCUCCA